UGUAAGUGCCUUGACUACUCUCCGACAUCCAGGACUCCACGAGCUUCCCGUCAAACACACAACCUGAUUCGAAGAUUUUUCGAGCGAUACGCCAAGAGUAAACGACAAUGGCCGAUGGCUCGCAAUUUACGAUACCGCCGUUCCCCUCGAACGAGACGAUAAAUCCCCAUGCCUACCAUUCGAGGAAUGUUAGCAAAUCUUCGUGCCCGGGCCUGAGUUCGAGCAUCUGGAUGGUCCUCGGUGGCAUGUUUCUGGCGGCUCGUAUGUUGUGGUUGACUCUGCCGUCCACAAAACCCAAACAGAUCGACCAGCUGGGGCUGCGGACAGGCGUUGGGGAGCGGGCAGAGGUGGAUCGCCGGAUACACAACUUGAGGUCGAAGCGGUGGCACCGGAACCGGCACUUUCUGAGGUUCAAGCAGCCCAACAAUCGACGUAUCCAUAUGGAUUAUAGCCAGCCGCGAUAUCUGCCCAGAUAACUGGCACAUAAAAUGGGGAAAUUACUUGUUCUUCAGAGUUUUUGGUCUUCAAAUAAAAUAAAUUCUCCUUGGAAAUA